CUACAAGAAAGGCGACACAGCUGUGAUUGAGAUCAUUUCUCGAGUUGAUCGUCGGAGAGGCGACAUAUCGCGCUGACCAUGGAGCUACUCCAGUUGCUUAUACUAUCGCUGCUAAUGUUCUACGGUCUGCCACAGGGGAUACCAAUUAAAAUAAAAGUGGACGGCGACAAAAAUGCUUCGGUUGGUGAAGAUCAAGUUAAACUCUUCUGUGAAUAUACCCUACCAAUUUUGGAAGCAGAGAUUCAGUCGUCCUACGUUGAGUGGGAAAAAUGCGAUAACUCAAAUAUGGAUGAAGGAUACAUCAUAGCGGUGAUCGUCAAUGGACAGGUAGAUGUGUUCAAACCAGAUAAAUACAAAAUCACGGAAACGUUGCAUCUAAACCAACCCUCGUUAUUGAUUUCUAACGUUGAUCUCUCGGACGAAGCCACGUAUUGGUGUAAAGUGAACUUUAUUUUAAACACAGCGGAUGGGUCGCCACAGCUUGACCAGGAUACGCAAAGUACCGUGCUGACAGUGCAGAAACCACCAUCACAUGUUGAAAUCAUCGACCGUGGUCAUAACGAACAGGUGGGAGUCAACUCGAUGGGAGAGAUUCUGCUUGAGUGUUGUGUCUACGACAGUAAGCCAGCAUCGCCGAUUGCGUGGUACAUAGACAAUCAGAAAAUCCAUAGAAGUAUUAGGAACACUGUGGUAAAAAGCGAAAAUGGCACGUGGACGACACAUAGUUUUUUAACGUACGUUCCAUCGCUUGAGGACAAUGAUAGUAUUAUUCGUUGCAUUUACGAAUCAAAUACUCCAGAGGACCGUUACACAGAUCAAGUACAGAUCUCGUUAGUUUCGAGGCUUGUCAGCGCAGGACAACAAAAAGUUUUUUCAAGCCCAGUUACAAUUAUUUUUUCAACGCUUUUUCUUUUUCUUUUAAAGCAUUUAUAGUGCAGCCAGAUUUGAUAAUUUAUGCAAAUUUUUAUCGAUAUAUUACAGAUUUUACUUUUAUAGUCUACAUUACAUCAUUUAGAAUUUUAGAUUUGUGCAACCAAUAAAAGGUCAAAGGUCAACAUCGUGGUAUUUUCAGGGAUUCAAUUUUCUUUAAAAAAAGAUAAUUAAUAAUUCAUUUUUUAGACGAAAUUUUAAUUGAAAUAUACCAGGAUGAAUAGCCUUUUAAGGUCUCGUAAGACAGAUUAUGUAUGCAAAUGAGAUCACAUGAUCAUACAUAUUUAAUUGGCUUGAAUUUACAGGAUAUGUAUGCAAAUGAAUCGCAUGAUAAUUCAGUACAUCUCAUUGGCUUAGCUUUACAGGUCUUGUAUGCAAAUGAGAUCAUGUGUUUCAUAUUGUGUAUCUCAUUGGCUUAGCUAUACAGGUUGUGUAUGCAAAUGAGAUCAUGUGAUUCAUCUUGCACAUCUCAUUGGUUGAGAUUUACAGAUGUGAAAAGAGGACAGUUUCAGGUGAAAUGAAUUGAUAAACUGAUCACACUAAACAUGACAAGCAAAUCUGACUAAACUUGCAUGAACAAACAUUUCCAGGUGAUCCGAAUUGAGGCGGUUUGCAGUUGACCGUUUCACCCCAUUGUUAACUUAAGUUCAGUUCAGUUAAUAACAACACAUAUUGUGUGAUGUUUGCUUGUUUUGAUCUAUGCUAAAUACAAGUUCAGUGUGAGUUUGCAGCUCAGACUAUUUUGCAUACAAAUAUUUUGGUUGGUUGAGGUAUCCAAAAAUAGGACAAACAUGUCUGUACCUUAUGGCUUUAGAACCAUUCUUGAUUUUCAAUGCAGAAUUCUCAGUAUCAUAGGGGGUUCACAUUGCAAAAUUCAUAUUAUGUUAGAGGGUCCAUAAAUCCAUGUCAUGUGAUUGCAUUUGUCAACUAUUUUCAAAAAACUACAUUCCUCAUAAGACUAGUAUAAUCCAGAUAUUCACAUAUUUUAAAAAUCAUAAAAACACAUUAUUGAUUAAAAAACACCUGUGAAUGACACUAAUAUUCUGCCUUUCCAAGACAAUAUAAAAUUUUGUGUUUAAAACUGUAAAAUCAUUGUUACAUGUAAAUAAAAUUUACACUUUAUUUAG